GAGCGUGAGCUGUUAGCCCGGAGCGGGGAGCUGGCAGCCGGGAGCCACGGCCCGCGCCCUGCGCGCCAGCAUCCUCCGGGUUCCCAGCCCCGGGUGCUGAGCUCGCCGCUAUAAAUAGCAGGUUACAGCUUCUGCUCGGGCGCACACGCUCUCACUGGAGAACGCAGGAAAGUCAUCCCGAAAAGUGUCUGCCGCUGCUAUCGCCCCCUACUCAGCCUCUGCAAGAGAACCAAAAGAAAUGGUGUCACCUGGCAAGAGAUCUGCCGUGUUUUAUGAAAAAUUAGACCAAGGAAAAGAAAAUAGCUAUUGAAUUUGGCAGAACUGUCUGUCUGGGGAUUUCUGGCUAAGAGCACCAUGCUUCAGCUUCUGCAAGGCUAGAGCCCUAAAUCCAGUGAAAAAAUAAUUGAAGCUGUUGAGAAAUACAACAUAUAUCAGAAUUUCACAGUGGGAUGUUAGAUCAUUAGUGUGAAGAUAUACCAACGUUAAGCCAGAACCCACUCUCUGUACCAUUUGGAGAAGACACAGUGGAAAAGAAGUCAGUGGUGAGGUGGAUCAUGGAAAUAAAAGAGGAAGGAACGUCAGAAGAAGGCCAGCACUUUCUUCCUGCCUCUCACGCAAAUGACUCUGAGGACAUUCAGUUCACGAGCAUCCAGAAGAUUCCCAAUGAGCCACAGUUGGAAUUCAUCCUUGCGUGCAAGGAUCUUGUGGCCCCUGUCAGCGAUCGGAAACUGAAUACAGUAGUGCAGAUCUCAGUAAUCCACCCCGUGGAGCGGACCUUGACGAGGUACUCCAGCACAGAAAUUGUGGAGGGAACAAAAGACCCACUGUUCUUGACGGGUGUCACAUUCCCAUCUGAGUACCCCAUCUAUGAAGAGACUAGAAUAAAGCUGACAGUCUAUGAUGUCAAGGAUAAGUCUCACGACACUGUGGUGAUGUUGCUCAGAGACACAGAGAAGAGGGCAUACCAGCCUUCCCCUUCAAGUACCUGUGAUAAGGUGAUGGUAAACCAGGAGAUAAAAGAACUUGGUGAUCUUUCCCCACACUGGGACAACCUGCGGAAAAAUGUCCUCACUCACUGUGAUCAAAUGGUGACUAUGUACCAAGAUAUCCUGACAGAGCUUACCAAGGAAACAGGGUCCUCUUUCAAGUCCAGCAGCAGCAAAGGAGAGAAAACGUUAGAAUUUGUUCCAAUAAAUCUACACUUGCAACGGAUGCAGGUGCACAGCCCUCACCUGAAAGAUGCUCUCUACGAUGUCAUCACUGUGGGAGCCCCAGCUGCCCAUUUUCAGGGAUUCAAGAAUGGUGGUCUUCGAAAACUACUCCACAGAUUUGAGACAGAAAGAAGGAACACUGGCUACCAGUUUAUUUACUAUUCACCUGAAAACACUGCGAAGGCAAAGGAGGUUCUCAGCAGCAUCGAUCAACUGCAGCCUCUCAUAGCAACCCACGCAGACCUGCUGCUAACCUCUGCCAGCCAGCAUUCUCCAGACAGCUUGAAGAGUUCUUUAAAGCUGCUUUCAGAAAAAACUGAGCUUUUUGUACAUGCCUUCAAGGAUCAGCUGGUCAGGAGUGCUCUGUUAGCUCUCUACACUGCAAGGCCAGGAGGCAUCCUUAAGAAACCACCCUCUCCAAAGGACAGCACAGAGGAGACUAGUCCCCAGAAGGAGACCCCUCAGCUGAGAAGACAAGACUCCAUACCACACCAUUCUGACUAUGAUGAGGAAGAGUGGGAUAGGGUGUGGGCCAACGUGGGGAAGAGCCUGAACUGCAUUAUUGCUACAGUCGACAAACUGAUCGAGAGAGCCAGUCGCAAUGAAGAAGGUGCUGAAGGUGGCGGUAGAAAAGGUGGAGAGACGGACCCUACCCUAGAAGAUUCCACCACAUCUCACACAAAGGUCCCUGUCACAGAGGACUGGUAUGAACAGCUGCACCCACUCAUCCUUACCCUGAAGGAGUGCAUGGGAGAAGUGGUGAGCCGGGCAAAGCAAUCCCUGACAUUUGUGCUGCUUCAGGAACUCGCCUACAGCCUGCCGCAGUGUCUUAUGCUGACUCUGAGGAGAGACAUUGUCUUCAGUCAGGCGCUUGCUGGAUUGGUUUGUGGUUUUAUCAUCAAAUUGCAUACAAGUUUGCAUGACCCUGACUUCCUGCAGCAGCUUCACACAGUGGGCUUGAUAGUACAGUAUGAAGGACUGCUAAGUACCUACAGUGAUGAAAUUGGAAUGCUGGAGGACAUGGCUGUCGGUAUUUCAGAUUUGAGGAAAGUUGCAUUUAAAAUCACUGAAGCCACGUCCAAUGAUGUCCUGCCCAUUCUCACAGGAAGGCGUGAACACUAUGUGGUGGAGGUCAAGCUUCCAGCUACAGAGUUCGAGUCUCUCCCUCUGCAGAUUAAAGAAGGCCAGUUGCUUCACGUGUUCCCCGUUCUGUUUAAUGUUGGAAUCAAUGAGCAACAGACUCUGGCUGACAGGUUUGGAGAUGUUUCUUUGCAAGAAAGUAUUAAUCAAGAAAAUUUUCAACUUGUACAAGAAUAUUUUUCACUAUUUAUGGAAAAGAUGCCUCCUGAUUAUAUAUCACAUUUUCAGGAACAAAAUGACUUAAAAGGAUUGUUGGACAAGCUCCAUCAAAAUAUUCAAGCCAAAAAAAGAAAGAAUGUAGAAAUCAUGUGGCUGGCAGCAACGAUCUGUCGCAAACUCAAUGGUAUUCGCUUUACCUGCUGUAAAAGUGCCAAAGACAGGACGUCCAUGUCGGUGACGCUUGAACAGUGCUCCAUCCUCCGAGAUGAGCAUCAGCUGCACAAAGACUUUUUCGUCCGCGCAUUGGAUUGCAUGAGAAGAGAAGGAUGCCGCAUAGAGAAUGUACUGAAGAAUGUCAAAUGCAGAAGGUAUGCUUUCAACAUGCUACAGCUGAUGGCUUUCCCCAAGUGCUACCGGCCUCCAGAAGGCACUUACGGAAAAGCUGACACCUAAGUUUACCAACAUGGAAACAGACAGGAACACAAAUACAUUGUGAUUGGAAGAACUCCACCUCUGUUGUUUUUGUUUUGUAACGUUAUGGGUGUGUGGGGUGAGUUGCUCCUGGGUGUUGUUCACAUCAAGGCCAAUGCAUCACUCAGAAAGUGACCCAGAUUUGACGUCCUACCAGCACUGCCAUGGCCAGUCUAUCUGUUCCUCUUUGUGUUAACCCUCACUGGUUGAGGUUAGUUGAGAAAGUGUAAUUUCAUCUGUAGAGUAUUCAAAUAAAAUGUGUCCUGAGGAACUAGGUAUUCCCAUGGUACCAGAGGUGACUCAGAGAAUGUCACACUCCAUCUGAACUAAAGGGGAGCAAAUAUGAUUUGUACGAUGCUACUUUGGGGUCUUGACUGCAAUCUCAACAGCCCAGCUUAUUGGGCUUUAUAAAAUAUAUGCAUAAUAAAUCCAAUUAGGUAAUGGUAACCCAUUCCUUUGGUCACUUAAAUGGCUUGC